AUGGCAUUCAAAUUCUUUUUCCCAUCUUUUCCCUCUUCCCUUCCCUUCCUUGUCUUUCCACUCUCUUUCAUUUUCUCUCUCUCCCAAAACUCAGAUUUUCACACCUUCUUCUAUCUCCUUCUUCUGGUGGUGAGGUUGCAAUUUUCGGUGGUGGUGGAUCUGAGCGUUUUCGUGUGGUUUGGAGGUGGUGAGGUUGCGAUUUUUUACGGCGGUGGAUCUGUGCGUUUUCGUGUGGUGUGGAUGGAGAAGUUACAAUCUUUACUUACUCAAGUAUACACUCCUUUUAAGUUGUUUGAGUUAGGUUUUGGAUGGGCAUGGAAGUCCUGAUGCAGCUGUGUUUGUUAAGAAAAAUGCUAUGAAAAUAUUUUUUUGAAGACGUUACAAUGCUGCAGUCAUAUGACACUGAUGCACUUCUAAUUAAGAGGUUGGAAGAUUCUCAUCAGAAAGUUUUUCUAGGUGUCGACCUUGCGAUGGUUGAUGAACAGAGUAUUAGUAGUUCUUCUGGGACAACAACACUGACUGCCCUGAUACUUGGAAAGCAUUUGCUUGUUGCUAAUGUCGGUGAUUGUCGAGCAGUUUUUUAAGAGGACCACAGACGGAGUUAUUCUUUGUUUUGUUUUCACUAUGGGUUUUUUUUACAAAAACUACUUCAUACUGUUAUGUAAUAUAUUUGA